GCAUCCACAGGCAUUCAUCGGCUCUUUUAUCAUUUGGAGGUGGACAGCAAACGGACUAGUCGUCGCUGCUUUCUUCCUCGCCUCCCCCAUCUCUCCCUCUAUCAACCUCUCUGUCCCUUCACCAUGUUCAUUUAGUUGCCGGGAGGGGUACGGAACAGAAACGGUAUUCUCAUGGGGAACUCUGCAUGCACGCCUUUUGCUGCCUCAGGUGGAUCCACAAAGGUCAUCAACGGCGAGGGCGGACUCGAAGAGUACGUGCAGUCGGUGAGAGCGGCGGAGCUGAUGGUAGAGAACCCCGGGCAGUUCGUGUGCAGCUCCAACCAUCUCAGCGUCGGGUGCCGGAUCCCCGGACUGAAGGCCGACGAGGCGCUCCAGAGACGCCGGGUCUACUUCUUGCUCCCGAUGGACAUGCUCUUCUCGGUGCUCACCGAGGAGGAGAUGGCAGCCCUUUCACGCAGGGCCUCCGCUGCAAUGAAGUGGGGGGCGUCCAAGAACAAUAUCAGGAGGAGGAUCUUCCCCGUCCUCAGUGACUUGUGCCUGCUCCCUGCAGAAGCCAAGAAAGUGAACGAGCCCGCCAGGAUCAGCAAGAGGAUGUCGAGGCAGCGGUCCUGGAAACCGGCACUGGACACCAUCGUAGAGGUUCCAUGAACGAGUGUCGGCAUCAGAACGAAUGUGGAGCUUCAUAUUAUUUUGUACAUCUUUUGGUUCUCUUAUCCUGCACGGAUUUGGUUCGAGCUUCCACCCUGACAUCUGCAAGAUCUUCCUUGAAUUAUAAUGCGCGACUUGGAAUAAUCUGAAGAGCGAGUCGCCUAUGUAAUUCUAUCUCGCUCCGAACAUAUAUCUACAUGUAUCUUUUCUUCCUUCUCUUUUGUUGGCUCCACGGAAUGAUGAGGUAAGAUGGUCAUUAUAAA